AUGAGAUUACCUAUCAGCUUCUCAGCCUCGGAGGCACCUGAGGGAGGACAAAUCCACAACGACCUACUAGUGGUCACGAAGGCCAUUGCACUUUCCGAACAUGAAGGAAAAGAAGAGAGACCAAAUACAUUUCCUUGGGCAAUGGCAAAAAUCUUAAUUGACGGAGGUAGUUCUGUUAAAAUCUUGUUUUAUGAAACAUUCAAACAUAUGGGUCUUAGGGAUGAAUGUCUCAAACCCUCUACCUACAACAUAUUUGGCUUUAACGUCUUGUCGACUCGCCCAAGGGGCGAGGUAACAUUAGAAAUUCGGGUGGGAAAAACCCUCACCUUAACUACUUUCUGUGUAGUGGAUGUACUAUCACCUUACACAGCUAUCAUCGGGCGAUCUUGGGUCCAUGGGAUCAAAAGAGUAGCCUCAACCUACCAUCAAAGGCUAAGAUUCCCCACGCCAGAUGGAGUCGCAGAAAUUAUUGGAGACUCCGGAGAAGAAAAAUACUGCUACAAUAUGGACGUACAAAAUGGUGAAAACAAGGUAAACUACCCAAAGGCACAAGCAAGGAGGGCCAGAAAUGCCAAUAAUCUAGCUGAAGUCGACGACUACAUAGCAAUACCUACUGAGCCAAAACGCUCGAGUGACGUCCCAGCUUCGUGUGGCACAGUAACUUCGGGGUCGCUUACAUGUCCGUUAUAA